GUAGGUCACUGGGCACCGAGGUGCAACAGAAUUUGAGACCAUGAAACGGUUUUGUAGACAUAUUGCUCGGUUGGUUGGGUAACGUUGAGUGGCAGAGCAGUACAGAGUGUUAUAGGGUGCUUCCCCGGCCGAAAAACUUCUGUAGAGAUGCAGGAGAAAGACGCGUCGCGACGCGUCGCACGUAUUUACGCAUGUCAUACUUCUGCCGAGCGUAAAGAGGUGGAAUUUAAAGGUGUAGCAUUCGGAGUGGACCAGCUCUGUCGCUCCAACCGUGGCGGAACUUUGGAGAGUAGAUGGUGCUAGUUGUGGGGUAAAAGGAAGAAUCCAUCUUUGGAUGUAAACCCAUCACAAAUCCCAGGCUCUUGGAACAUUCUGCAGGUGGCUAAUCGCUACAUGGGUGUGUUCUGUGGUAUGUGCCAAAAACCUAUCCCACUUUAUGCUCUCUUUUUAACGUGUAUUACCGGCAAGCGUUUUAGCUCGAGGAGUUUCCUUAAUCUCAGAUCUAACACUGUUCUUAAGCCUUCGAAAAUCACGUGCAGCUGCUUCUAUGGUUGUUCACCGACAAUGUGACAUAGGCUCUUUCAAAGGCGUAGUCAGAUU